CCGGACCGCUAGAGACAGACAACCAGGCUGUAGCAGGUGCCGAUCCUCUUCUCCCACCGCUUUCGCUCGCAGCUGGCCGGAUAACGCGCAGUGGCGCCCAGAAGCUGCGGGACACAUACGAAAAACUGCAGACGGCGCCGUCUCCAGAGGAUCGUCGUCUGGUGGGACAGAUUGGGAAGACCCUGCAGCAGUUCGAGGCUUCGCAACAGCAGCACCGCGCAGAACUGCAGAACUUACUGUUCACGACAAGAGACGCGCGGCAGGAGGGUGCCCUGCGCAUGCAGGCAUUGCUAGAGCUGGACGAACUCGGGUCGAACGAUUCGGUUGUGCUUCGUUGCAGGAAGUUUCUCUCCGGCGGCAGUGUGCUGUUCCCACCAAAUAAACCCGCGUCCUCCACUGGCGGGGGGGCCUCUCUGCUAGCUCUGUUCGGCGAUUUUGUGCUGCAGAUGGCGAAUACGAUCGAGCGGUCGUGUCUGUACCUCGGAGAGGGCGCGGAGCAUCUGUCUGACGACGAGGCGACGAGAACCUACUUCGAUGAGCGCGCGCGGACCGCAGCUAAUUUGGAGGCGCAAAAAGUUCUGGAAGCGGCGCUUGCCGAGGCGCCGCCGGGGAGUGCGAUGGCGAGUUACGCUGGAUUAGUACUGGA